GAAGACCGCAAAUAAUCGUCUCCGCUUCUUCACACCAAAAUCAUCAGCCACCAUCGCCACUCUCUCGCUGCUGGGAUUCAGCUGUAGCAUGGCCGUUUCAUCUUCUUCGAGUUCUUGCAUCUCUCUCCAAACCUUUCGCCGUCAAACCUACCCUUUGGACCUUGUUAGUAAUGGUACACCCGGAAAAGUUUUCCGACGCUUUAUGACUGGGCCGGUGAAGAUGCCGGUCUUCAAUUCGGUUGUCAAUUUCAGGAAGAAGAAGGUUUCCUUGAGCAUGUGUAAUGUUUUGGGCGAAUUUGAGAGUGAAGUCACGGGGGAAGCCAACAUGAAUGAUAUUAAGGACGAGCUUUUUGUGACUUUUUUUCGGGAAGCGUGGCCGUAUUUCACGGCUCAUCGAGGCAGCACCUUUGUAGUUCUUCUUUCUGCUGAAGUUCUCGAUAGCUCCCUUUUGGAUCCUAUUUUAAUGGACAUCUCGCUUCUUCAUGGCCUCGGAAUCAAAUUUGUUCUUGUUCCAGGGACACAUGUUCAGAUUGAUCAGCUUUUAGCUGAGAAGGGACACGAACCCAAGUAUGUCGGAAGAUACAGAAUCACCGACUCUGAUUCUCUUAAGGCAGCAAUGGAUUCAGCUGGGAGAAUCCGUCUGAUGAUCGAGGCAAAGCUGUCUCCAGGACCAUCCUUAUGCAGCAUCCGUCGACAUGGAGAGAACAGGCGCUGGCAUGACAGUGUCAGUGUUGCAAGUGGUAACUUUCUUGCAGCCAAAAAAAGAGGAGUUGUUGAAGGCAUUGAUUAUGGAGCGACAGGUGAAGUAAAGAAAGUGGAUGUUCCUCGCAUCCGUGAGAGGCUGGAUAAUGAUUCCAUUGUGAUCUUAAGCAACCUUGGAUAUUCCAGCUCUGGAGGUGUACUAAAUUGCAACACAUACGAAGUUGCUACAGCUUGCGCUUUGGCCCUUGGAGCAGAGAAGCUUAUCUGCAUAAUAGAUGGUCCCAUUUUGGAUGAAUGGGGUCGUCUAAUUAGAUUCUUGACUCUUGAAGAUGCAGACAUGUUAAUACGCAGACGAGCCAAACAAAGUGAAAUUGCUGCUAAUUAUGUAAAAGCCAUAGGCGAUGAAGACUCUAGUUCUCUUGGUUAUAACACAAUAAAUGGAGUUGUUCCUGCCCCUCAGAAUGGAAUGGCAUCCAGUGACAGUUAUACUGCAACGUUUCAGAAUGGUGUUGGUUUUGAUAACGGAAAUGGUUUGUGGUCAAGUGAACAAGGUUUUGCCAUUGGAGGGCAAGAACGGCUGAGCAGAUCAAAUGGGUACCUAUCAGAGCUGGCUGCUGCGGCUUUUGUCUGCAGAGGAGGCGUCCAGAGAGUUCAUCUGCUAGAUGGGAAUAUAGCGGGAGUACUAUUGAAGGAACUGUUUCAAAGAGAUGGAGUAGGGACUAUGGUGGCUAGUGAUCUUUAUGAAGGUACAAGGAUGGCAAAGGUGGAUGACCUUGUUGCAAUAAGACAACUUUUCAAACCUUUAGAAGAUUCUGGCACUUUGGUCAAGAGGACUGAUGAGGAGCUGCUUAACGCGUUGGAUUCUUUCAUUGUUGUGGCGAGAGAGGGCCAAAUUAUCGCAUGUGCAGCCCUGUUUCCAUUCUAUGAAGACAAGUGCGGGGAGGUUGCUGCCAUUGCUGUUUCUCCCGACUGUCGAGGACAAGGACAGGGAGACAAAUUACUUGAUUAUAUUGAGAAGAAAGCAUCUUCGAUAGGACUGCAAAGGCUUUUCUUGCUGACAACACGUACAGCAGAUUGGUUUGUCAGGCGGGGGUUCUCAGAGUGCUCGAUUGAAUCGAUACCAGAGGAAAGGAGAAAAAGGAUAAACCUAUCACGUGGAUCCAAGUACUAUAUGAAACAACUGCUACCCGACACUAGCGGAAUUCGUUUUAAUAGCAUCUUUGCUUGACUAUUUAGUACCACCCACCAAAUGCCAAUGGUGAUGCUCAUGGAUUUUUUUUCAUAAAAUAACAGAAUGUUCAUAACUAGUUUGUAAUUUUGCAUCUCUUCCAGUCCUAAAUCAUAUGAAUAAAGCAACCUUAAAUUA